AUGAAGGCCGCACUUUUCACCGCUGUGGCGGCUCUCGUGGGCUCUGCCCUCGCCGACGGUUCUCAUCAUGUCCGCCGUCACGGCCAUGAUGCCAUGCAUCGCCGCCGUGCUGUCGAGGCCGGUUCUGGUGUGAGCAACUCCACCUGCGGCUGCACCACCACUACCAUCACUUACUACGGCGCUCCAACUACCAUCACCCAGCCUGCCCCUGUGACGUCGCAGACUGCCGUUACUUCGCAGACUACCACCACCAUCCUGUCGACCAGCUACAGCACGGUGACUGUUCACGUCGUUCCCAGCUCCAGCUCUGUUGCCGCUGUGCCUGAGUCCGUCGUUCCCAGCUCCAGCUCUGUUGCCGCUGUGCCUGAGUCCGUUGCUCCCAGCUCCAGCUCCAGCUCCGCGCCCGCUGCUCCUCCUGCUCCUGAGACGUCUGUUGCUCCUCUGCCCACCCCCAGCAUCACCACCUUCCCCACCCCCGGUACCUACACGAUCCCUGCGACUACCUUGACCGUCACCUCCGAGACUACCGUGUGCGGAGCCACUACCAGCCAGGUUCCCAGCGGCACCCAUACCGUCGGCGGUGUCACUACUGUUGUCGAGACCUCCACUACCGUUAUCUGCCCGUAUGCCACCGUCAAGCCCUCGGGCAGCACUGUGACCAGUGUCAUUGAGACCACCACCUACGUCUGUCCCUCUGCUGGUACCUACACCAUCGCUCCUAUCACUACGUAUGUUCCGACCAGCACUGUCAUUGUCUACCCGACCCCGGCCAGCUUCACUCCUGGCACCUACACCCAGCCUGAGCAGACCGUGACCGUCACCGAGACCUCGUACACCUAUAUCUGCCCCUUCAGCACCGGUCUCGCCAGCACCUCUGCUCCUGCUCCGGCUACUUCCGCACCUGCCACUUCUGCUCCUGUCCCGGCUACUUCCGCUCCUGCCACUUCUGCUCCUGCCCCUGCCAGCUCCGCACCUGCCACUUCUGCUCCUGCCCCUGCCAGCUCCGCACCUGCCACUUCUGCCCCUGCUCCAUCCUCCGCCCCCGCGGAAACCAGCAGUGCCGCCCCCUCUUCUAGCGCUCCUGUUUCCUCUUCCAGCGCACCCGCUCCUUCCAGCACUGGCGGUAUCAUCGGCGGCAGCAAGUUUGCUGUAACCUACUCCCCUUACACCAGCCAGGGUGGCUGCAAGGCCAAGUCCGACGUUCUGGCUGAUAUUGCCGUCGCCAAGCAGAAGGGUUUCAACACCAUCCGUAUCUACUCCACCGACUGCAGUGGUCUUGAGUUUGUCGGUGAGGCCGCCAAGCAGAACGGCCUGAAGUUGAUCCUGGGUGUCUUUAUCUCCAGCAGCGGCAUCUCCCAAGCACAGGAGCAGGUUAGCGCCAUUGCUUCCUGGGCCCAGUGGGAACUAGUUAGCUUCAUCGUUAUCGGUAACGAAGCCAUCCAGAACGGCUACGUCUCUGCCGGCGAUCUCGCCGGUUUCAUCUCCUCUGCAAAGGCAUCCCUCCAGAAGGCCGGCUACAGCGGAGAAGUUACCACCACCGAGCCCCUGGACAUCUGGCAGGAGUAUGGCUCCACUCUCUGCGGUGCUGUUGACGUCGUCGGUGCCAACCUUCAUCCCUUCUUUAACGCCAAGGUUACUCCCUCCCAAGCCGGAGAGUUCGUCAAGUCUGAGCUUGAGAUCCUCGCCGGUAUCUGCCCUGGCAAGGAGACCUACAACCUCGAGACCGGCUGGCCCAACGCCGGUAAUGCCAAUGGUGACGCUGUCCCCGGUGUCGCUGAGCAACGUACUGCCCUUCAGGCUAUUGUUGAGUCCAGCGGUGGCAAGUCCGUCUUCUUCUCCUAUGCGGAUGACCUCUGGAAGGCUCCGGGCGAGUUCGAUGUUGAGCAGCACUGGGGCUGCAUUGACGCCUUUUAGACAAUCUGCACGAAAAUCCUUUUUGUUUAUCUCUUAGGCAUGUACUCGUAACUUGGAAAUUAUUUCUGUCCUUUGAACUUCUUUUUCUAUAUAUGCCUGCUCCCGUUGCCAGUCCUGGUAUGUGAGUGACCGCAGUUUUGACUGUUACUUGAAUUUUCCUACCUUUCUUCACGUUGAUAUAGUAGAUAUAAUUUCCUUUUUUUUUUUUUCUUUUCUCGGUGUUAUUAUGUGUAUGCUGUCUAUAGUAACUGGAGUGCUCAUUAUGCAGAACUUGUGUCCG